UUACCCAGAAAACACUGCGCUGUCGGCUUCAGUGGGUUAGAGUUGGCUGUUGUAUCUGUUCUACUACUCAUCUUGGUUAAGAUGUUGUCAUACAUUUAGCUCAGUUAUUCUGAAAUGCGUUGCUAUCAGCACAUAUAAAGCAUUCAAGUUCUCCGUCAGUCGUUCUUUCUACCGUGGUGUGUGUAUGAGCGGCGUUGCCGACAAGAGAAAUCCCGUGCUGGAUUGUUGCGGAGGGCUGAAUAACGUGGAUUACAGUAAGGUACACGAGUGGACAUGUCAGUAAUGGAGGAUGUUCUGAAGCACAUAGAUGUCUAUGACCCCAGGUUCUGUGUUGCUGUCAUCGCCAUCAUCUUCAACCCUUUCUUCUGGAAUGUGGUGGCGCGUUGGGAGCAUCGUACGAGAGGUUUGACCAGACUGUUUGGGGGUCCCUAUCUGGCCUGCUACUGCCUAGGCACCCUCAUCAUCCUCCUCAAUGUCUACCGCAGCCACAGUAUGACAGUGGCGAUGAAGGCCCAGGCGAGGUGGGAGGUGAUGGCCAACCCAGAGGUGUUCUACGCGGGGGCAGCUCUCAUGGCCCUGGGCUCUGUCUUGGUGGUCACCAGCUUCCUGGCUCUCGGAUUCACCGGGACCUUCCUGGGUGACUAUUUUGGGAUCCUGAUGGAAGAGAAAGUGAAAGGUUUCCCCUUCAAUGUAACUGAGAACCCUAUGUACUGGGGCAGCACUGCCAACUAUCUGGGACUCGCAUUCAUGAAUGCCAGUCCGGUGGGGUUGGUGCUGACAGCAGUGGUUGCCAUAUCAUACCAAGUGGCCAUCAUUUUUGAGGGACCUUUCACCGAGGAUAUCUAUCGACAGAGAGCACAGUGCUGCAAGCACAAAUAAAGAGGAAGGAUGAACUGUGUUUGUCCGAGGAUCAUACCUACAGAUCAGAGACUACCAGACUGACUACCAGGCCACACACCACGUCAGCCUGCUACACAGAGCACGAGAGGUGGGCUAGAGAGAGAGAGAGAGAGAAAGGAUGGAGGGUGUUUUUGUAUUCUGGCUAAGAUCAAGUACACAGUCUUCCUCCUGGCCCAAUUCCAAGAUAUUCUACUUCUCUUUAUAAAGACUUUGAUCCCUGCUUGCAGUAUUUGAAUAGCAAGUCUUAACAAUGCAAGGGCUGGAUCAAUCGUUUUCAGCUUUUAAAUUGAAUGCUCUGUAGUUUUCAUAUUUCAUACUAUUUAGUCGUGUAGUUUUUAUCUCAAAAGCCAAUGACAAUCAUUCCAUAAUAUCUUCUGCAUGGCUAUGUUUGCAGAGUCCCAUGUAUCUUAAUGAAACUGUAAAUACAGAUCUGAUCCCAUAACUACC